GUUUUGUUUUGGUUGCUCGUGUUCUUCUUGACGGUUGUACGACGAUGCGGCGGCGGCCAAAGUUGGCCGAUCUGUUAUAUUUAUGUCGGCGGGUUUGUCUGUCUCUCCCUCAUCCUCCAUCAUCACUAUUCUUCACCUAUCGAUAGUUCAUCACUUGAUUUCUUUGCUGCUUGCUUUCUUCAAGUCGGCCGACGGCCGCUCCGGCUCCUGCUCCCUCACUGCCAACCCAACCACAACAAUAAUCCGACAUCAUCAAUGAUCCCAAUAAUACCUCCCGAUUACCCACCCUCAUACAUCACAUUAAUCCCUGCCAACAACCCGAAUCCUUUGGUUCGGUUACUCACCAUCUUCCGAGCCCUCCGUACCCUGAUAUUGAGCGGAGGAUAAUAACCGCCUACUACGCCCGCCACGCACGGGCCAAAUGCAUCCAAUGUCGGUUGGUUCCGGAUACCGAACGUUUUCCUUUUCCGAAAGUGGCACGAAAUAUGCCUGGCGAAGCAAUUAUUGAGUUUGCUCUACCGCGGUUGCUUCUACCACCUAGCAUCGCACCGCAACCUCCCCCGCUACCGGUACUCCCGGUCUUCGCCGUACACUGUGUGUCCUGUGUCGUUCCGUUUCACAAUGCUAUUCGCAACGGAGGUUGGCUUCAGUGGAUUGCAAAGGGCUUUGGCCCUUCCUAUGAUACCUGGGAAUGGGCUUCGGCCCUGCCCACGGCAAAGGGUUUUGCGCUGCCGACAAUCCCCGGUCAGACUACGAAGGCCGGCGGAGCACCGAUGCCAAUCGCAACGAGGUCCAUCUGUCGGCUGUGCUUCACGCAUACCUGUCUCACAAUCCUCUUAAUUAGAUCCUUUGCUUCGCGCCCGAUUGGGUGGGCAUCGCUGCUUCCACUCCCACCUGACUGCCUCUCUGUCUGGUACAGAAAACAAACCUCACAAAGCAAAGAAGUUAUACUGGACGGUGAGGAUGGCUACUCUAUAUCCCUGGGGCUUCUCGCCACAGGCCAGGUCUGGAUGGAUGCGGGAAAUCAGGGGGGGCCGCCGAAUCAUGUAUCGAAUAUGUCGUACACUAGGCCGGUCUUUUACAUCGCGAGCGCCGCCUACUCCGCAGGGCUUACUGAAGGAGAGCUCUGCCACUAUCUUAGCAGUGCGUCAAUUCGCACCCUAGGACCACCACCCAUCCCGCCUCGCACGAGCUCACUUCCACCUGUUACUGGCCGGAUGUACAACAUGGGAAACUGGAGCUCCGUCUCCCUGAUUUCAUCGUUGUCUUCUGGACCCAGCAUGAUGAAUUUGGUUAGCAUCUCAUAAAUCCGGCAUGCACACCAACAAUCCUGCAAGAAGAAUUGAGUUUUGGCUUUUUAGUCGCUUGCAUGUGGAGUGAUUGUUUUUCUUAUUUUUCUUUAGCACAUCGAAUCUGAAUAGGAGGAUGGUCUUGUUCAUCUCCCAUUGUGCCUGAAGAUAUUUUU